GUCAAUGGCAAGAAGCAGAAAAAUGGCGCUAAACUAGCUUGUUUGGCAGUAGCCGAGUGGUAGACUUGUAGGCUUUAAUGCAUCUCAAUGGCAUCCAUAUUUGGUGAGGAUGGGGUUGACGACCUGUUCAAUGAUAAUAUUGCCAUCGAAAACGAUCAGUUACCAAGUGAUGGCGAGCCAGAUGCAGGCGAAAAACUGUUUGGCGACGAUGAUGAGGAUGCAGCAAAUGGAGCUGGCGAAGGAGAAGAAAAAGCCGUUAAGGUGGAACCCAAGAAGCGCGCAGUACGGAAUCCACGUCCACGCUUGACAGUGGAUACGCUACGUGGCCCACGUGGCCUGCACACGAUUGAAAACUAUUUCAAAGACAUCAAAUUUAAGGGCAAGGGCUACGAGAAAGAUGAUUUGAAUGAGAUCCUGCGGCGCUUGCAACAUUGGGGUCAUCGGAUGUAUCCGAAUUACACUUUCGACGAUAUACUAAACAAUAUCGAACGUCUGGGCAAGAAGAAGCCAUUGCAGGUGCAUAUGACACGCUAUCGAUUGGGUCAGCUGGAGGAGUUAGCUGAACAGAAUAUUGAGCUGCAAAACGAUGCUAAUGAUCAGGAGAAUGAUGAUUAUGGCGAACCAUUUGAUGAAUUCGAUGCCUUGCUGGGCGAACAAAUUGCUAUGUCCAAAUUAGCACCUCGUACACCGGCAAUCAAUCGUAAUUUGUCUACUACCAACAGCACACUGGUGACACCUUCAUUCUCACGUAACGCUAUCGUAUCCACGCCAUAUACAGGAGCUGGUCCUACGAUAGCUACUGAUGAUAGCAUCCAUGAUUAUGGUCAACCGCUGCCGCCAUCUCAACCGGCAACCCCUGCAACAAAAAGAGCACAGCUGUCCGCCGAGCAAAUGGCGCGCAUUGCAGAAAAUCGUCGGAUGGCACAGGAAAAAUUGCGAGCUAAGCAAGCGGAGGCCAAUGCGGACAAAUAGUUUAAUUUAA